UUUUUUUUUUCUUCUUUUAAUCCAUCACUUUUCUCUCCUGCCUCACUUCAAUCCAUUACAUUCUUAACUCCCUUCCCGUGGGUUAUGUAUUAAUCGAUCACCUAUUAUGAAAAAGAACUCUACUCAACCUACAUCCGGUACUCCACCCAUCAGCUUUGCCGCCGCUGCCCAGCGAAACACCAACAAAGCCAAUCCUCCGCCAACGCAGACACAACAACAGCAACAACAGCAGCAACAACAACAGCAGUCUACUACACCCUCUGUACAAACACCAGUAGCAUCACAGAACUCCUCGACUGCCACAACGCCCUCUUCAGGAAGUCAGGGUGCAGUAACAACCAAUAACUCAUCCGUCUCUGCACCAAAGCAGCCAUCCUCAAAGCCAGCUACUCCCUCCACUGCCAAUGGCAAUUACUCUGCUGUAGCCGCCAAGGCUAAUCAUGUUGUUUCUAUCAACUACUUAUCCGAAAACCAUCACAUACAAACAUAUACUUUCUCAUUCGGCAACAUGUGCAACUUGACAGCAUGACGCUUACUAUGAAUAUGACCUGAACUCUUUCUCCUUUAUUUCUAUAUGACAUCAAUAGUGCCAACAACAGGAGAUCACAGGCUCCCACGGCUGCUGCUGCUGUAAAAGGCUACCCUACAGCAAAGCCUACGUCUACUGUUGCCUCUCCUUUGCCUUCAUCCUCUUCUGUCUCUGGCAGCCCAGCUGCAUCCAUCCGUUUUGGAUCAAUCAACGAGCCAGAGUCCGGAUCAACGC